AUGAGCCAUACUACCUACCGCAAGCGCUCUCUCUCCGCUCUCAUCUUCGUCUCACCGAUUCCUUCAGACCCUGCGCGGCCGUUGCGAAGUCUUGCACGAAAGAGGAAAUGGGGAGACAGGCAUUGCGAGAUCUCACGCGAUGAGACACCUACCACCUCUCUCCAUGGCGAUGCUCCCUCGGAUCCGGAUGCCUUGGAUAUAGACGUGGCAAAGCUUGGAAGGCAGAGGCCGGCGAUUCUUCCUUCUGCCGUGAGCGAGGUUGCGUUUUGCUUCUCUAUCAUUGCUUCCAUGAUCAUGGCGGAAUAUUUCAUCAGCGGCGCGCACAUCAUCCUGCCCACGCUGGCCACGGAGCUUAACAUCCCGUCCACCUCCCACACUUGGGUUUCCAGCGUCCUGACCCUCUCCGCGGGCGCCUCCCUCCUUCCGCUGGGCCGCAUGGCCGACAUGUACGGAGGAUACCUCGUUUUCAACGCUGGCAUGCUGUGGUUUUCUGUGUGGUCCCUCGUCGCCGGCUUCGCUCCCAAUUACAUCUCCUUCAUCUUUUUCCGCGCCAUGCAGGGCCUCGGGGCCUCCGCUUUUCUCCCUACCGGCAUUAUGCUCCUCGGCAAGGUAUAUCGGCCGGGACCGAGGAAGAAUUUCGUCUUUAGCGUGUACGGCGCCGUUGCGCCUCUAGGUUUCUUCCUCGGCCUUCUCAUCGCCCGCAUGGAUUGGUGGGGCACGGCCACUAUUUGCCCCGGCCUCAUCCUCGUCGUUUUCGCCAUCACGCAGAGCUCGGGGGCGCCCAAGGGCUGGUCCACCCCUUACAUCAUCGUCACGAUGGUGCUCGGCGUGCUCUUCCUGGCGGCGGGUGCCUACGUUGAGCGUAACCUCUCAGCGGACCCCUUUUGCCGGGCGAGAUCUUCCAGCCCAAGUGCCUCCCUUCACGACCGCCAUCUGGUACACCCCUGGGCCAUCUCCGGCGCCAUUUUCGCCGCGACGUCGGGCCUGCUGCUGCACCUUGUGUCGAACCGCGUACUCCUGGUCGCGUCGGCCGCCUGCAGCGUGGGUGCGUGCCUUUUCUUCGCCCUGAUGCCUUCGCGCGACUCGCCCUCCUUCUCGUACUGGGCGCACGUCUUCCCCGCCAUGGUGCUAGAGACGGCCUUCAUCGACAUCCUGUACACCCUCAGCAACGUCUUCAUCACGACGAGGCUGCCGCUGCGCCACCAGGGGCUCGCUGGCGCCCUCAUCAACUGCACGCUCUACAUCGGCAUGUGCUUCUUCCUCGGCGUCACCGAGAUCGCGGUGGCCGCCACAUCCGCCACCCGCGGCCUCAAGGGUAGCUACGAGGUGGCCUUUUGGAUCGGCGUGGGCGUGGCGGGCGUCACGCUCGUGGUGUUUGCGUUUAUGGAUAUCGGGGAGGCGAAGAGCGACUUGACGGAGGAUGAGAAGAGGGCGAGGGUGGAGCUGGAAAGGGGCGGGGAGGAGAGGGGAAGACGACGGGUGCUUGAGCGCGCGUGCGAGCAUCAGCAUCCCGGGGAUCAGGGGGAUGGCUGA